AACCUCCCUAUUAUUUUCGCCAUUUGCUCCGCUCGUAGUGCACUAGUAUACUAUCGUGCCUGGUGAAUAGGAAAGUAAAUCAUUUUACGGUCACCAGGUCACAGUUUACACGGUGGAGAAAGAGCGACAGGACAGUUGUCGGGGCUUGCGGGAAUGGCUCCUACCGAGUGUUCCAAGUACUAACAAGCGUCCAUACUCUUGGUACUAAUAAUAACUCAGUCUCCGUGUAGUGUCGGUGGUGCUCUGGUCGGUGGCAAGAUAAUGUCGGCGGAAGCGGAAGAACCUGCCGUUAGCCCUGCGGGCAACGGACAAGAAGCGACAACCAACAAGGAUGCCGACGACGCCGAGUCCUCGGGUGAUGAUGUUCCGAUUGUUAUGGCUCCGCCGAAGCCUGACUCGUCCAGUGAAUCAGAUGACGGGCCUGACCCGUUCAUCGACGAAGAAGCGCACGAAGACGAUAGACUGCAAUCAUCCAUGAUCGACUACUAUCGACCACCGACGAAGGGUUUCAUGGACUACUAUGAUGAAGAUAACUUGCUGGGCGGAGGGGGUAGCCGAGAGCACACACCAUUCUACAUGAAUGCCUCUGCAGACAAGAAGGAGAAGAAAGAAGAUACGAACCCUCUCAGCACCAAAGAGACGCAGCGACGCCUGGUCAGGGUCAAGGAGGACAAGUACCAUCGGCGGGUAGUGCACAUCACGGAUGAGAUCAAGAUGAUCAGGACCAUAGACAAAGUGUAUGAGGGAGAUAGGAAAGCAUACGAGGAGUCUUCUAUGCGACAGCGUGACUUCAAUGCGGAGAAGAUCAGACGACUGCGUGCGGCAAACAAGAUCCUUCGCCGAGAGCUUGUGAUGCGUGUUCGUGGAGAUGAAGUGCUGGUGAAGCGAGCGUUUGACAACGCCGACAACCCGAUGCCACCACGAUUUGCGGGUAUGGAUAGUAAGAAAGCGCGGCAGGAGCUAGACCGAAAGAUCAGCCUAUCCAAGAAACGCCUGGAUCUGCUCUGCUACAAGAACAAGCAGCAUGAAACCCGUGUAGAGGAGCUGAGGACAGACUUCAAUGCCCGGCAGCUGGAAUACAAGUACGUCACCAAAGUUCAGGACAACGAGAUCAAGGAGGCCAAGACCCUGACGACUAUUUCCAACGAAGUGAUGCUUAUACGGGAGAGACUUAAAGACGCUCGCCGUAUCAACACUCUCUACCAUGUUAUGGUGGAGAAAAUGGCAAAUGACCGGAUUCAUUUUGACAGGCUACUGCUAGCAAUAUUGUUCUUCAUCAAGAGACGGCAGAGAGAGUACCUGGAUGCAUCAUUCAUAUUCUGCUCAGUUCACGAGACAGCUGAUGAUGUCAAGAGAGGAGUUACGGACAAGGAGGGCACACUUCAUGAUAUCAAGAAGAAGAACAACAACAUCCUGGGAAAGUACCAGAAGAUAGUCGAGGAGUACAGAGAGGAGGCCGAGAAUCCGAAAAGAAGGUCUUCCAUGAUGUAUGGACCGGAGGCGGUACCGAAAGAGCCAGAAAAAAAGUAUUCGGUGCAGCAGAAAGCACCGGUUGAGGGCGAGAUGGAAGGAUUCAGGGAGGUCAUGUUGAAGAUCGGCGCUGCUAUUGGUACGAAGUCCCCCAUCACGGUGGCAAGGCUGCUAGAGAACGAGGCAGGACUCAAUGAAGCACUGAAGGAAGAAGCUGACAAGAGCAAGAAGAGCGUUGGCAACAUGAAGGAGAGGCGGGAGGAAGUGGAAGAGGCAUUCAAGAAACUCAAAUUCUCUCAGGCAGCCAAAUUAUCCAGUGGGCAAAGAAUGCUGGAUGACAUGAGGAAACAGAUCGAAAGUGUCAAGAAAGAGGACAAGUUGCUGGAGAUUGCCGCACUGGAAGUAUGGUCCAAAGUGGACGAAGUCAGAAACGGCAUUCUGCACCUCAGCCAGAAGCUAGCUCACUUACCUGAUCCCGUCAAGUAUCAGAAGCGGUUUGAAGUGCCGAAGACCGAUGAGGAGCACAUUAUGGAGGUUGCCCACAGCUGCCAAGCAAAACUAAUUGAUCUCGGUAAAACCUUAGAGGAGCAGGCGAGGACGGUCAAUCGUGGAGAAAUGAAUGCUCUACAAUUCAUGUCGAGCAUGGUGGAGAGAAUGCCCCAGACUAACAUGCGUGUUUCUAUGGAGAAGAAACUAAGUCAAACCAAGGUCAAGAUUCAGCGUGAGAAAGAUAUGCGCGCUCUAGAGGAGGAUAUCGUUGUCAAGCCCGAAUACAUCUCCAGAGAAAGGAUCCGACGUCAAGUCAACCGCUUCCAGGGCGUGGGCAAGAAAAAGAAGAAGAACCGGAAGAAAAGAACGGGCUAUGGUGUAUGAGGCGUGUGGUGCGUGAAAUAUACCAUUGUGCUCGGCAUGUGUUUGCUUACUGAGCUGGCAGCAGGUGCCGCUCCUGUCCUUCCAAGUGCUUCUCGUUGGUUAUCCUGAAUGCUGCAGAAGCAGAUGUGCUCCUCGUUUAGUGCUCUGGACACUGCUGAUGGCUUUUGGAGGUGUGUUUGGGGAUCAGUGCUGUGUUUUUCUUAGUUCUUGCAGUCAUGGGGAUUAUGUGCUGUGACCGUCGCCGUCUCCACCUCUGUCUAGCUACUUCGCACUAGAGAGGAAGAGUAUCCUGAAGAACUCAUUUACUUGCAAAUGUCAUAAUCCAUGAGCGGUCUCCCAAGGUCUGUAUUUCUUGAUUAAAGUUACCCCAACCGCAAUGGACCCGAGUGUUUGUUUCCAAUCCUGUGUUUCAGUAUGCCGUAAAUCAAAGGAAAGGGCCUUAGGCUGUUUGUUGUGUUCGUACUCAUACAAGUAUCUAUUAUGCAAACAAGUAGACAAUCACUGGCUUGACUUACCUGUAUGAGCAUGUGCAGCAUCUGUGAUUUCGGAUCUCUUCUCGUGACAAUCCUCGUAAUAAGGAUAGCUGCAACUGUAGCUUUUGUAUAUUCAGCUGUCCUCCUCCUCCUAAUCAACAUACAAAAUAUGUCCAGGUGUAGCUAGGUUCUGGAAACCAUCCACGCAGCCAUCAUGAUUCAGUCAUGCAUGCAGAAUAUAAAUUAUGCCCAGUUUCACUCGCCACUGAUCUCUUAAA